UGAAGCUUGACCUUACGUCUAGUCUCUCUGUUGGCUGACACCGACUGACCGCUCCUCUGGGCCCUUUUCCUUGGAUAUCUAGGGGGGGAAAAAAUAUUCCAGCAUUAUGACUGACGCGCAACAAGAGGCCCGCUCCUAUCUGAGCGAGGAAAUGCUGGCUGAGUUCAAGGCCGCCUUCGACAUGUUCGACACGGACGGUGGCGGUGACAUCAGCACCAAGGAGUUGGGCACCGUGAUGAGGAUGCUGGGUCAGAACCCGACCAGAGAGGAGCUGGAUGAGAUCAUCGAGGAGGUGGAUGAGGACGGCAGCGGCACCAUCGACUUCGAGGAGUUCUUGGUGAUGAUGGUGAGGCUGCUCAAGGAGGACCAGGCCGGCAAGAGCGAGGAAGAGUUGGCGGAGUGUUUCCGCGUCUUCGACAAGAACGGAGACGGCUACAUCGACAGGGAGGAGUUCUCUCUGAUCAUCCGCAGCACCGGCGAGCCAAUCACGGAGGACGAGAUCGAUGAGCUGAUGAAGGACGGGGACAAGAACGCUGACGGCAUGCUGGACUUUGACGAAUUCCUGAAGAUGAUGGAGAAUGUGCAGUAAAGAAGCAGACAAAUUCAUGGACAUUCCUCCUCACCCUGUGAACGAAACCUCCAUUUGGAAUUCAUCUCAGCACCAAGACCUCGUCUUUCACUGUCCCCCGCGCUCCUCCAUCCUCCAUCUUCCAUCCUCUACAGAAAGCUAGGACAGCCUGAUGGAAGUGGGCUACACAGCCGAUGGAUUCCAGUAAAGAUGCAAGGAGGACCACGGCUGUCCUCCUCCGCCUUUUCUUCUCUCACUGGUCAAGCUCUACAGACGUAGUGUAGAUAGAACAUGCUGCUGCUGUUAGACCAAUCCCUCCUCUUCCACUGUGCAAAGAAGUUGACCUGUUGGUCAACACAAUCCAUCAACAACACACUCACAUAUCAAUAAAAUGAUUGUUUCUUC